CACUGAAUACGAAUCAGAUGAAUAAAUACAUCCCAAAAGUGAAAACUCGGCACAGACGGUGAGAAAUCGGAGAAAGACAAUGGAGGAAGCGAAGGGAGUUGUAAAGCACGUCUUGCUAGCGAAGUUCAAAGAAGGAAUUUCAUCUGAUGAAAUCGAGAAACUCAUCAAGGGGUAUGCCAAUCUCGUCAAUCUUAUCGAACCCAUGAAAGCUUUCCACUGGGGUACUGAUGUGAGUAUUGAGAACCUGCAUCAAGGUUUCACUCACGUCUUUGAAUCUACCUUUGAGAGUACUGAAGGAGUUGCAGAGUAUAUAUCUCAUCCUGCACAUGUUGAUUUUGCCAAUUUGUUCUUACCUGCUUUGGAGAAAGUUGUUGUGAUUGAUUACAAGCCUACUACUGUUCGCCUCUAAACUUUGAGGGUAAUGGACAUUAUCUAUCAUCUUGCUAAUUUUAUCUUCAAAUGUAAAUUUGCUGUUGAUUGCAUAUGGAAUUGCACGCGGAAUAAGGAGUUUGUGUUGUUGGUGCUGAACUCCCACCAAUUUUAACUGCAUGUUAGUGUUUCUUAAUGUUAUGUUAAAUGGGAUUGUUGUAUCGGCUGGUAUAGUUCGUAAUCGAAGAACUCUUUUGUUUGAAAAUGGUCGAAUACUUAGAUUAUGGAACCCA